AUGUGUGGUGGAAACACUUCCCAUGAUGGGGACUGCGGAGAAGGAAGCCCAUAUCCCCUGCGGGCUUUGGGGCCGGUGGGAAAGAGGGUGAAUCGACUAUACGAGAUGCGGUUGCCGAACUUCUUGUCAGAGGGCGGAGCGUGGCAAAAAUUCAACAUCACGUCCAUGCUGCACGAUCACGUCUUUGCGGGGCCGCCUCACCUCCGCAUCUCCGUCUGGAGCUGCCUUGGCCUCACGCGCCCGACCUUCGCCGAGGCGACGGGCCCGGCCAACCGGUACCGCGAGGCCCGGGUGGGCGACUCCUUCGGGCCGUCGUGGUCCACGCACUGGUUCCGCCUCGAGAUGGCGCUGCCGGCCGAGCUGCGGGCCGCCGAGCACGUCGAGCUGCGCUGGGACGCCGGGAACGAGGGUACCGUGUGGUCGGCCUCGGGCGACAUCCUGCACGGCCUGACGGGCCGCGGGGACCGGGCCGAGUGGGUGGUGCCCUUCCGGGACGGCGAGGCGCACGUCGUCUACGUCGAGAUGGCCUGCAACGCCAUGUUUGGCAACGCGCCGGGCGACAACCCCGUCUUCAAGGCCAACGGAGAUGGCGGCGGCGAUUCGAUCCUGCCCCCGGACCCGAACAAGCGCUUCGUGCUGGCCAAGGCGGAGUUGGUUUCUGUGUUCCUGCCCGCGCGCCGGCUGUACUCGGAUAUGCACGUCAUCACCCAGGCCGUGGCCGAGCUGGAUCCGGAAUCCUGGGAGCAACGAGAGGCGCUCAACGUGGCGAGUCGUAUCAUGGACGCGUUCAGCGCGGGCGACAAGGCGUCUGUGGUUGAGUGCAGAAGGCUGGCGACGUCUUAUCUGGGCGACAAGGUGGAUUCGGAGCAGGUUUAUAACCCCUCGGGUGGGAGAGAAGCGAACGUCAUUGCUAUAGGACAUUGUCAUAUUGACACAUGUUGGCUGUGGCCUUGGGCCGAAACCCGGCGGAAAGUCGCGAGGUCAUGGAGUAACCAGUGCGAUCUCAUGGAUCGCUACCCAGAGCUCCAUUUUGCCUGUUCGCAAGCCCAGCAAUUCCAAUGGCUAAAGCAAGACUAUCCAGCAACCUUUGAAAGGGUCAAGGUCAAGGUGAAAGAGGGGCGUUUCCACCCCAUCGGUGGGAGCUGGGUUGAGCACGAUACCAACAUGCCCAGUGGAGAGUCGCUUAUCAGGCAGUUCCUUUACGGUCAACGCUUUUUCGAAAGCGAGUUUGGCUGCCGCUCAAGAACAAGCUGGCUCCCGGACACAUUCGGCCAGCCUAGUCAGAUCCCGCAGUUGUGUCGCCAGGCCGGCAUGGACAGAUUUUUUGCCCAGAAGAUAUGUUUCAACAGUAUUAACGAGUUCCCUCACACAUCCUUCAACUGGGCUGGGCUUGACGGAAGUCAGGUUCUCACACACAUGUCGCCUGCCAAUACUUAUUGCGCCCACGCCAACCUGGCCGAGGUCAAGCGCAGUGUCUCCAAGCACAAAACGCUCGACCAUGACGACACUUCCCUACUCGUUUUCGGCAAAGGCGACGGCGGUGGAGGGCCAACCUGGAAACAGCUUGAACGACUGCGCCGGCUGCGAGGCCUAGCUGACAGAACCGGACAGAUACCACACGUUCAUCUGGGCAAAACUGUCGAUGACUUCUUUGACCGCCUACAAGCCAAAGCUGGCAAUCUACCGACGUGGACCGGGGAACUUUACUUUGAGCUACACCGCGGAGUGUACACUACCCAAGCGAGAACAAAACUGGGAAACAGACGGUCCGAAUUCCUUUUGCGGGAUAUUGAACUCCUCACGACCAUCGCCUCCAUCGAGGACUCUACGUAUAAGUACCCGACGGCGGAGCUAGACGAGAUGUGGCAAGGGGUGCUGCUAUGCCAGUUUCAUGACUGCCUUCCUGGGACCUCAAUACAGAUGUGCUAUGAUGACUCUGACAAGGUGUAUGCAAAAGUCCAACAAACCGGGUCGCGACUGCUCCAGGACGCGUGUUCCGCUCUCGGACUUGCCAUCCCUGGAGAGAAAGAAAGUAGCGCACCCGCAAUGGCAGUGAGCACGGCGCCUUGGCCGCGAGCCGAGCUCGUCAGGACCGCCGACGGGACAGAGGCCGUAGCUCGGGGUAGGGGCAAUCUCUUGCCCGUUCAGGAGUUCGCCGUGGCCGAGGGGCAAAAAGGGGCAUCCUUGAGGGAGGUCUCGCCAGGGGUCUUUGAGCUCGAGAACGAGGACCUGCGCGCGACCGUGGCGAAGGACGCAAUCACGUCGGUCUACGACAAACGCGCAAGGCGAGAAGCUCUCUCCGGCCCCGCCCGCCUGGUGAUAUUUGACGACGCGCCGAUUUACUGGCAGGCGUGGGACACCGAGGUGUUCCACCUGGACACGCGACGUGAGCUCCAGGGCAGCGUUGCCGCGACCGCCUCCAUUCUGGAGAACGGCCCGCACCGCGCCAGCGUCGUUGUCGAGAUGCGCAUCAGCGAGCUGAGCUCGGCGCGUGUGGUGAUAUCGCUUUCGGCCAGCCUCGGCGGUGAGGGGAAUCACCCCUACGUGGAAUGCCAGGCAGAAGUCAACUGGCACGAAACGCACAAGUUUCUCAAGGCCGAGAUACCAGUCGCCGUUCGCAGCAUCGAGGCGUCGUACGAAACGCAGUUUGGAGUGGUUACCAGACCAACGCACUACAACACCUCGUGGGACGUGGCCAAGUUCGAGGUCUGCUCGCACAAGUUUGCCGACCUCUCGGAGCAUGGGUACGGCGUGUCCAUCCUGAACGAUUGCAAGUACGGGUUCUCGACCGCGGGCAGCGUCAUGCGCCUCAGCCUCCUCCGCAGCCCCAAGGCCCCAGACGAGACAGCAGACAUGGGCAGGCACGCGAUACGCUGGGCCAUAAUGCCUCACCGUGGUCGUCUCGGGUCCGAGACAGUACGCGCGGCUUUCAACUUCAACAACCCGCUCAAGCUGGUAACGCUGCGAAAUGCACCCAACGAUGCGCCCUCGAGCCCCGCAACGACCGAGGGGCCAAAUGCUGGCGCUGCCGCCGUCUUGGGAAAGUCUCCCAUCGCGCUCACCGGCGACGACAACCUCGUCCUGGAUACUAUCAAGCGUGGCGAGGACGAUGCGGAUGUUAGCCGUGGGGACCUACCGGCGCGGCGGCCAGCGGGCACCAAGUCCGUUAUCAUCAGGGUGUACGACAGCCUCGGCGGCUACGGCGUCGGGAAAGUGGAAACGAGGUGGAAGCUGUCCGGCGUUUUCAAGACGAAUAUACUCGAGGACGACGGAGAGGAGGUGGCUAUAACUGCGGAUGGCCACGCAUUUGAGUUGCAAAUAUUGCCUUUCCAAGUGCAGACGUAUCGGUUGGUGCUGGCUUGAGAUGCGACUUCACCUGAGGCAUAGAAAUGGACCACGCAUUGGCGAACAAUAUGAAAACAGAUAAUUCAGUACCACCUAGAUGCUUCCCUGAAAUAGACUAACGCAGGCAAACAC